UAGUGAGAUCGCAAGUGGUUAGUCUUUGGAUGACAGAGGAAACUGCUCUCUGACUGAUAAGCAGACAUUGCAGCAGAGAGACACAUGCUGUUUCAUAAGGAUACGCCUGAUUUCCAGAUAUAACCAUGUUUUUGUGGCUUAAACUCUUGGCAUUUGGCUUUGCCCUUCUGGAGAAGGAUGUUUUUGUCAAAGGAGAAACAGACACAAGAACUGUAAAUGCUACUUCUCCUACUAUCAUUUCACCUUCACCCAUGCACUUCUUACUCACCCACUUCACAUCAUCCUCACCUGCAAGCAUCACUGAAGGCCAAACUGAAGAGCCUGCUAAACCUAGUAUCAUGCCAACACGCAGCUCAUAUACUACCACUCAUGCAGACUCAAGCUCUUCAGUUGGAACCAGCAAUCAGCCACUCAGCAGCUCUGCUGCCCUUACUGCACACACUUCUGCUACCACCAUACAUAAAUCAUCAGAUUUUUCUAAUCCAUCACCCUUGCAUGCCUCCACGUUACCAUCCAUGACUCUUACUCCAUCCAGCAGUUCAACAAACAUGUCUCAGUCUUCUGCAGACACCUCACAUUCCAUGGCUACAACUGCUUCCAAUCUCACAAUAGCACCCACACCAGCACAUGUUUCUGAAAUGGGCUGUGGAAAUAAAACCCCUUCAGUGGGUCCUUACAUGUACUUGCAGGAUUCAGUCGUGGCAACAUUGAACACUUCUGGAUUGAAAUUGAAAAAUUACUCAUGUAAUCCUGAGUGUAAAAUAAUAGACAACACCUCUAAUUUAAGCCUCACAGAAUGUCAAAUAUAUAACCUUUCCAUGGAAUUUGAGGGUGGAUGCAGUAGAACUCUUCUAUUGUCUGUCCCGCCUAAUACAGAAGGACUUAAACUUGAGGUUCAAGAUACAACUAAUACCUCUGUGACCUUAAAAUGGGCAGGGAACAUUAAAGAAAAUUGCAGCAUGAAGUACACAUUUGACUGUAAAGCUGGAAUUCCUUUUGAUGCAGAAGCUGAAGAUACUAAAAUAUUGACAUGUCUUUUACCGUACCACAAUUAUACUUGCACAUCAGAAAUAAAAUUUGCCGAUGAAGUAAUCAAGAACGAUACAAAAGAAAUACAAACAGAUGUUGGAAUUCCAGAGCCACCUGAAAAUGUGACUGAAACAAAAACUUCUAAUAAUGUAUCAAUUACCUGGCGUGAACCUCCAAACAACACAGCUGGGCCUAUACAUGGAUAUUAUGUGACAUGUGAAAAGAGGAAUAAAGUCCCUUUGGGAAAAGAAAAUCAUACAUAUACCUGCGAGGGAUAUCAUCCAUAUGACAAGUAUGAAAUACAAGUGAGAGCAUACACCAUGAAUAAGAAAAAUGAAGAGGUUCUAGGAAAACAGUGGGAUUAUAACGGGCGUACGACAGCAGCAAAACCAGAAUUCACGUUAUUAGAACCAGAAUUUCUGUCAAAUAAUAUUGUCAAAAUUCAAUGUGAUUUGAAGAAAGCAAAUGGUCCAGAUGAAAGUUUCAUCCUGAAAUGGGAGGGCGAAGUGUAUAAAAGUACAACAUGUGAAUUUAUAAAAAAAGAUCUUUCCUACUUGACAACGUAUAAAUUUGAGAUCACUGCUGUGAAUAAAGACUUUGAAGGGAGUUGGCUUCCUAGCACAGUAACAACAAAAUAUAAUUCUAAAGCCCUGAUUAUAUUCCUGGCAUUCUUGAUUAUUGUCACAUCAAUUGCCUUGCUUCUAGUUCUGUACAAAAUCUAUAAUCUUCACAAAGACAGCUUACAGAGUUCAUCUGAAGAUGUGGGGCUUGUUAGAAUUAAAGAUGAUGAAAAGCAGCUGCUCAACAUAGAGCCCAUUCCUGCAGAUCUGUUGUUGGAAAACUACAAGAGAAAGAUUGCUGAUGAAGGAAGACUAUUCCUGGAUGAAUUCCAGAGUAUUCCAAGAAUUUUUAGUAAGUUUCCAAUUAAGGAAGCACGCAAAAACUAUAACCAGAAUAAAAACCGUUACAUCGAUAUUCUCCCAUAUGAUUAUAACCGUGUUGAACUCUCAGAAAUAAUGGGGGAACCAGGAUCGGACUAUAUAAAUGCAAGCUAUAUAGAUGGCUUCAAGGAAUCAAGAAAAUACAUUGCAGCACAAGGUCCCAAGGAUGAGACUACUGAUGACUUUUGGAGAAUGAUCUGGGAACAGAAGGCAACAAUUAUUGUCAUGGUGACUCGCUGUGAGGAAGGAAACAGGAACAAAUGUGCCCAGUAUUGGCCAUCCAUGGAGGAUGACACUGCAACUUUUGGGGAUAUCGUUGUGAAGAUAAAUGAAAUUAAAACGUGCCCUGACUACAUCAUCCAAAAACUGCAUAUUACCAAUAGAAAAGAGAAAACAUCUGGGAGAGACAUCACUCACAUUCAGUUUACUAGCUGGCCUGACCAUGGUGUGCCUGAUGACCCGCAUCUCCUCCUCAAACUGCGCCGCCGUGUUAAUGCUUUAAGCAACUUUUUCAGUGGCCCAAUAGUGAUUCAUUGCAGUGCUGGUGUUGGACGCACUGGGACCUAUAUUGGCAUAGAUGCAAUGCUGGAGGGUCUAGAUGCAGAAAACAGAGUUGAUGUUUAUGGCUAUGUUGUAAAAUUACGCCGACAGCGAUGUCUCAUGGUUCAAGUAGAGGCACAGUACAUCUUGAUUCAUCAAGCACUGGUGGAAUACAAUCAAUUUGGUGAAACAGAGGUCCCUCUCUCAGAACUGCAUACUUAUCUUAACUACCUAAAGAGAAGAGACCAACCAAAUGAACCAUCUCUGCUGGAAGCAGAAUUCCAGAGGCUACCAACCUACAAGGGAUGGCGGACACAGAACACUGGAAAUCGUGGGGAAAAUAAAAGUAAAAACAGGAAUUCCAAAGUAAUUCCAUAUGAUUUUAACCGCGUACCAAUUAAACAUGAAGAGGAGAAAAGCAAAGAGAGUGAACAUGAUUCAGAUGAAUCCUCUGAUGAGGACAGUGAAAGUGAGGAAGCAAGCAGAUACAUCAAUGCUUCAUUCAUAUCCGGUUACUGGGGUCCAAGAGCAAUGAUUGCAACCCAAGCACCAAUGCAGGAAACAGUCAAUGACUUCUGGCAAAUGGUCUUCCAAAGAAAAGUCAAAGUCAUCGUUAUGUUGACAGAGCUGAAAGAAGGAGAUCAGGAACUCUGUGCACAGUACUGGGGAGAACAAAAACAAACAUAUGAUGGUAUAGAUGUUGAAAUGAAAGAUAUCAGCCAGUCUUCUAGCUACACCAUUCGUGUGUUUGAUAUCACACAUGCAAAGAGGAAAGAAAUUCAAACAGUGUAUCAUUACCAGUACCAUAGCUGGAAUUACAUGGAUGUUCCAGAAAACCCCAAGGACUUGAUCUCCAUGGCUCUAAACCUCAGAAAAAAGCUCCCAGCUAAGCCUGUCACCGAGGACAACAGAUACAGCCGGAGUGUUCCAAUUGUUAUUCAUUGCCGCGAUGGAUCCCAACAGACAGGCAUGUUUUGCGCUUUGUUGACUCUUGUGGAAAGUGCAGAAAUAGAAGAGGUAAUAGAUGUCUUCCAAGUUGUGAAAACACUUCGGCGUUCCAGGCUGGGAAUGGUCACCAGUUUUGAACAUUACCAAUUCCUGUAUGAUAGUGUUGCCACCAUCUACCCUCCGCAGAAUGGACAAGUAAAGAAAAAUAGCAAACAGGAAGAUAAAGUUGAAUUUGACAAUGAAGUAGAAAAAGCAGAUCAAGAAGCUAAUUUGGUUGCUAUUGAUCCCACCUCAGUGACGCCAGAAGCUAGAAAGGAUUCGGAAGCAUGUGAAGAUUCUAAAUUUGCAGACUGCAUUAAAGGAACAGAGAGUUCUACAAACGGCCCCACAACUCCAGUUUUAUAAUAUAUAAGUCACGGUACAGAUUUCUAUAUACAAAGGAGUUUAAAAAAAACAGAAUAAGAAGCAGACAUUUCCUUUUUCCUCACCUUUUUUGAAAGAGAUUCACCCUGGGUCCAUUUUUAAGAGGUACGGUAUUCAAAGAAUACUUGAAAGUUGUGGCACUGUGAAAGUUUAAUUUUCCUGUAGAGUUGCAUUUUACACUUUUUCGACAAAUUAACUAUUUUUCAUUUUUUUCAAGUUUGUACAGAAUACUGAUGUUUCUAAUGAUAUUCUAGUUUUGAGCAUUGAGGAAAUGAGUGAUGUUACUUUUUCAGUCUUAUUUUUUGUUGCAAGGAAGAAAGUACAAUUUAUCUACAAUCAUAAAUAUGAAAUUUAUUAAAUAUGUAUAUAAAAACUAUAAAAUUUCAGGUACUGAAAAUAUAAGUUGUCUUGUAGCUACUGUAUCUCAGCCCAAGACAAUUUCAAAUGUAAGAUGACACUGUAAUAAUGAGAUUCCAUAUACAGAAAAUUGAUACAUAUGUUAUAAUUUUCCAUGUAUAGAAUCUAAUUAUUGGAGGGUUAUUUUAAAUUUGUACCUCUCCUUCCCCCCAUUGCAGCUCAGCAAGCUGUGAAGGAAGGCAGUAGGGGAGUCAAUGGGACCUGACAACUGUUUCUUGCCUCCUGUCACCUGUCCCCACACCACUUCCCUCUCUGGUCUUUGCUCCAUGCCCUGGCACUCAUCCCCUUACAAUGCCUGCCCCACCAGGUACCUGCCCCCUCACCUGUUCCUCCAUGUCUGCCCCCUAUGUCUUCCCCUACAUCUGUCUCCACCCCCCUCCCCAUGGUGCCCACACCCCCUGGCACAUGCACCCCUAGUACUUCCAUCAUCUGACCUGACCCCCCUGUUCCUCCCCCCAAGCACAUACCCUCUGGCUUCAGCCCCCACUCCAGCUCUGGGCAUGGAGCACAUGGUCACUCCAGCUCCCACCUGGCCAUACAGCAGCAGUUGCAUGCACUCCCCAGCCCUGUCCCCAGCUCCAGCCCUGUCCCCUACCCCAGCACUGGAGCCACCACCAUUGUAACUUUUUCUAAGUGGCUAGGGAGGGACAAGAAUCAGCAUGUUCUCUGUGUCUUGGGCUGGCCAGAGUGGAGCCAGAGGGCCAGAGUGGAGCCAGAGGGCAAGUGGCAGCGGAGUUGGGGAAAGGGGAGAAUGUGGGGGUUGGGCACAGUAACUUCCCCUCUAUCUCUGACCCCAAGUCCAAGCCUGGGUUGGGGCUGAAGUGAGAGCUGCAGCAACUGCUUUCCUCCCCACCUGUACUCAAAAUAAGGGGCUUUCCCCCUCCAUGUUAAAAAUGGAAAAAACCUCUUAUCUUGGAUUAGACUAAAUAUAGUAAUUAUUUCCUUACCAUCUUGAAAUUGAUCUUUUGGGGAAGGAAUAUGAGCUUAAAUUUCAAAAUGCUGAGGAACUACAACCUGAAUUAAAGUCACUGGGAGUUGAAGGUGCUGUGCAGAACAAACACAGUAGGUGUUGGUAAAUGUGUGGGCUGGCAUAUGUCAGCAUAGCUCCAUCAAAGACAAUACAGGGUUACCUUGGCUGAACUUCUUGCCCUGUAUCCUACUAAAUCUAUGAGGAAUGUAAGCUUUGCAUUUGUCCCUGUAUCCUACUAAAUCUAUGAGGAAUGUAAGCUUUGCAUUUGUCUAACUGACCUCAAGAUGUCCCUGUUGCUCCACACAAAUACAUCUGAGACUUCUUACACCACCCUCAAAGAAAGUUCAGCUUCUGAAAUACUGAAUGAUUGUUAAAGUUCUGAAGGACAAAAAUGUCAAGUGCCAUUUGGCAACUUAAAAAUCUGUUUUAAAGGCUUUUCUUAUGCUUAUUUUCUGUUUAAAGAGAGCAGUCUGUCAAAGUGUUUUUUAAAUCUAUUUCCUAUACUCACCAUUCCAAAAUACCUGUACUACCUGUACUAUUCUUCAAAAACAUUGUAGAUUUUAUUUAGUAGUGUUAUAAUAUGAUGAGGAUGUAUAUGUUAUCUUUUGAUAAUUAUACUGCUGCCUUCCUGGACUUAGGUCUGUGUUAAAGCCAGAUUAAAAGGACAAUUAAUGAAUAAGUUGCUCAGUGAAAAUUAUUAAAAACUACAGGCUUAUAUGUAAAGUUGCUUAUACAUAAAAGCCUGAAAGGGCUUGAGAAUUAACCUGUUUUUUGCAGAUUAUGUAAACUGAUUGUUUUCUUAUACAUUAAGUAAAGGGUUUUGAACUUCCCAGCACAUUAAGAUGUUAGUAGAACAGCAGCAUUACUUCAUUCUUCUAUAGCUCUCUUCAUGGAAGUAUCACAGACACUUCCAAAAGUAGGUAAAUAUCCUGACUCCUGUUUUCCCUCCAGUGCUCCAGGAUACAGAUGUAUAUGUUUAUACUGAUUCAACUAAACACCUUAAAAUAUGUGGAAAACUAUACCAACAUGGGUCAAUAUGGGUACUUGAUUAAAGGACUCAUAAUCUGAAAGCUCUGGAGAUGUGCUUGGGCCAAAGAAUUAAAGUGUGAUGAGGUUACCUUAAUUUUCUAGUUGAUCUAGGUUAAAUGCUUCACAAGUGUGCACCCGAAAUCCUGUUUGGAGAGACAUCAGAAAACAAGAACAGUGGAAAUUUCCCUGGCUGGAAAAUUGACUUAAAAACUCCGUAGCAGGAAACUACUUGUAAUUAAUUAGUUUACUCCAAUCUAACAGGGGAGCAGCUGUGGGUGCACAACAUUUACUGCAGAGUUAAUUAGUCUACUCCACAGCACAUGUCUUGUGUAAACACGUCUAAUAACUCCCAAAGCAACAAACACCUUCUUUGAAGGUAAAUAACCCUAAAAACCAAAAUCUCACCUCGUAUAAAUCCAGGUGGAUCACUAAGUACACCAGCUAGAAAUAUGUCCUCUACAUCCUUUACAUUUUAAAUUAAAAUUAAAUUUAAAUUUUAAAUUAAAUUAAAUAAGGGUUUGGGCUGUAGAAAUUCUGGAGAAUUCUUAUUGGUUGAGCUUCCUUCUAAUGAUUUAGCAAUUGAUUCACAGUGUAUUUGCUUCAAAAUUGAAUAGCAGUUUAUUGAUCUCAUUUGUAUGGAUGCUGAUAAGGAGAUUCAAAAUUACUGGUAUGCUAACUCUUGUGUAUUUCAUACCUGUAACACUACCC